AACUUGCAAGGGACGAUCCACGAAUCACACGUCGUGAUAUUCGGGAACUCACUACGCAAAGUUUAUUGACAUUGUCAAAAAGCUGUUGAAUUCUGUUCGCGCCAUAGUGUGAAUAUGAAUGUUUAGGGCUUUGUUUCACAGACACAUUGUACGGUUGAGAUAUUUUGUAAUCCUUUCAUAAGGAAGGAUUAUUUACAUCUCGCCAGAAUUUUUUGAAACGUCAUUAUUCGUGAACUACCACCUGUUGUUUGAAGCUGGUCGAAGUCCCGCCUUGUCCGAUCCGCGCGCUCGUAACGUACAUGCUUACAGUUCAUUCAUUCGUGCAGCGCAGUUGAUUUCCCCAGUCAAAACAUCGUGCGGUCGGCCGCUCCCAUAUUUUCCAACUUUACUUCGUAGACUACACUGGAUUCUUUAGUGGAUAUUUUGGAUCAUUUUACCCUUUCAUGUUGUAAUACUAGCUAAGAUGGCGACGGUUGCACAUAAUGGUAACGGGAUAGCUACAAAUGGGAGUGUCUCCAGUGAUGAUUCCCCUGAUGGGCGAGUUUCAAACGAGUAUGACCAUGAGGAGGCUGAUAUGCCUCAGAGAGCUUCGGCCGAUCAGAUGGACGCAGAGAGACUCAAGAGUAUAGCCUAUCAGUAUCUCUGUCAUCUUGAAGAAGCUAAGAAAUGGAUGGAAGCGUGUAUACGGGAAGACCUACCCCCUACUACAGAGCUGGAAGAGGGGUUACGUAAUGGGGUAUACCUGGGCAAACUGGCACACUUCUUCGCCCCUGACAAGAUACCACUGAAGAGGAUCUAUGACAAGGACCAGGCUAGAUUCCAGGCUAAAGGACUUCAUUUCAGACACACGGACAACACAGUGCAAUGGAUCAGAGCUAUGGAAGUCGUUGGAUUGCCCUCGAUCUUUUAUCCAGAAACUACAGAUGUCUAUGAUAGGAAGAACAUGCCCAAGACUGUCUACUGCCUCCAUGCUCUCAGCUUAUAUCUGUUCAAGCUUGGUAUUGCCCCACAGAUCCAGGAUCUCUAUGGAAAAGUGGACUUUACAGAGGAGGAGAUUAGUGCCAUGCAGAGUGAGCUGGAUAAAUAUGGUAUUCAGAUGCCCCAGUUUCACAAGAUUGGUGGGAUCCUAUCUAACGAGCUCUCAGUCGAUGAUGCAGCUGUUCAUGCUGCCGUGAUCGCCAUCAACACGGCAAUCGACAAGCAGGUUCCCUCCGACACGAUGUCGGCUCUCAGGAAUCCUAACACUCUGUUGGUGAACAUACAGGAAGAUAACCAAGAUUCAUACCAAGACUGUCUGUAUGAGGCCAAGCUAGCUAAGGCACAAAUCGCACUCAACAAGUCCACUAUAGAAGCAGAAGAGGAUAUGGAUGCCUAUGAUAUGCUGCUUACACAGGCAGAGAUACAAGGAAACCUCAACAAAGUCAACCUGAACACACAAAUAGACAAGGUGAACGACCUAUUAGGGACCCAGAAUGCCUCUGAGCUGGUGGAAGCGCUGAUGAACGCAAGCCUAGGGCUCAAGGAUGUCACUAGGGAGAAUGCAGACUGGUACCUUAGAAUUCUUCAACAGGCUAGACAAGACAAGGCAGAGGCUACUGGAAAUGAGUACCCUAGAUUGGAGAAGGAGGAGGUACAAGCCGGCAUCAAUGCAGCUAACAUACUAGCCAAGGAAGACAAAGAUGUGGGUAAGGCGGUGCAGAACAUCAACUCAUUAAUAGACGACGGCACACCAGAGCAGCUUGUAGCAGCUCUAUCCAGACCCCAGGCACAGCUUCCACAUGUACAUCCAUACAGCCAUGCGCUCUACAAAACAGAACUAGCAAGACUCAAGAUCAGCAAUGAAGGGGACUUGAACCAUGAGCAAUUGCAAGAUGCUGUCAAAGUUCUGUCAGCCGUCGCCAUGAUAAACCAGAGUGUCGAUUCCGGUCAGUUCAGUAAGACAGCUGAGCUCCUACUCCAGCAGGAUGCUUGCUUGGCUGACGUAGAGCAGGAUAGCUCUUACCAUCAGAGGUACCAGGAUCAGCUACUUGCUAUCAAGAGAGCUAAAGCGAAGGAAGGAGAAGAUUUCUUGACGCAAGAAGAGAUUCAGGAGGUAGUAGACGCAGUCAACCAAGAAAUACAGGAUGAACAUCAACGUAUAAUGGCCGUAGCAGCGAUCAAUGAAGCCAUCGAUAGUGAGGAUCCAGCACAUACCUUGAAGGCUCUUCAGAUGCCUGCAGCUAAGCUCAGAGAGGUUGAGGAACCCAACACUGUUCUCUAUCAGAGAGUCCUACAUGCUGAGAAAGAGAGAAAAGGAAAGACACAAGGAGAUGACCAAGCAGUGCUCUGGCUGGAUGAGAUCCAAGGUGGAGUGGACAGAGCAAACAAACAGACCAUAGCUGCUAAUAAAUUGGCUGUUGGCAUAGCAACCAUCAACAUGGUAAUAGAGGAAGAAGAUGGUUCACUUCUCGUAGAGGCCCUCAAGAGUUCUGAUGUUGGUCUAAGAUCCGUCAAACCAGACUGUGGAGAUGAGUACCUUCAAGAUCUGAAACAAUGCAAGCAAAGCAAAGCACAAGCUGGUGACGGAGGAGACUGGACGUGUCACCGGACCCCAGAAGGAGAUGAUUUCUAUUUCAACCUGUCUACCAUGGAAUCUAGCUGGGUACAACCACCAGAAUAUGCACCUUCUAACACGCAACUCUCUAAGGAAGAAAUUCAGGAGGUCGUAUCUAAAAUCACUGAAGCCAAUAACCGCGCCCUACUCUUUGAAGCCAAUGAGGGUAACAUCAUCACCCUCCAGGCCCACGCCCGGGGCAUGAUCGCCCGGAGGAAAUACCUGGAACGUCGCAACUACCUUCACAACCAGAUCCCAGUCAUUGUGUUGAUACAGAGCUUUGUGAAGGGAUGGAGGCAGAAGAGAGCUUACAGGAAUAGACUGGGUUAUCUCAAGGAACAGGAACCGUCUGUAGUCACACUCCAAUCCUAUGCCAGAAUGACCGCAGCCCGCAAGGCUUACCAGAAAAGACUCCAGUACUUCAGUGAUAAUGCGAAUGCCAUCAUCAAGCUUCAAGCUUUCUGGAGAUCAAACAGAGCUAGGCAUGACUACAGGGUCCUCACUCAUUCUGACACACCUCCUGUGGCUGUUGUCAGGAAGUUUGUUCAUCUUCUGGAACAGAAUGAGGUGGAUUUAUCAGAAGAACUUGAACUACAGGAGAUGCGAGGGAAGGUUGUAAAGCAGAUCCGUUCUAACCAACAAGCUGAGAACGAUCUCAAUCUCAUGGAUAUCAAGAUUGGACUCCUAGUCAAGAACAGAAUCACACUACAGGACGUGGUAAGCCACGGUCGUAAGAUGAAGCGUUCCGUCCAGGCCAGCCAGCCUCAGGGUCUCAAGACGCUGAGCAAGGAGAAACGUGACAUGCUGGAAGCCUAUCAGCACCUCUUCUAUCUCCUACAAACCAACCCAACAUACCUGGCUAAGCUCAUCUUCGCUAUGCCUCAGAGCAGAACUACCAAGUUCAUGGAAUCUGUGAUCCUGACCCUGUAUAACUAUGCAGCCAAUCAGAGGGAAGAAUAUCUUCUGCUGAAGCUCUUCAAGACCGCCCUUGAGGAGGAAAUCAGUUCCAAGGUGGAUAGGAUGAUGGAGAUUGUUACAGGGAACCCUAUGGUCAUCAGGAUGGUGGUCACCUUCAACAGAGGUCAGAAAGGUCAGAGUUCACUGAGGGACAUCCUUCAGCCGUUGGUGAAGGGUGUGAUGGAGGAUAAGAACCUAAACAUCAAUACCAACCCAGUAGAGGUCUACAAACAAUGGAUCAACCAGAUGGAAACACAGACAGGAGAAGCUAGCAAGCUACCCUACGAUGUACCAUCAGACCAAGCCCUGAAGCACAAGGAAGUCUUAGAGAGAUUGGAUGCAUCCGUUACUCAGCUCGGUGAAGUCAGCAAGAAGUUCCUAAAUGCAAUCAUCUCAUCCGUUGAUAUGAUACCGUAUGGUAUCCGUUACAUUGCCAAAGUCCUGCGUGAGUCUCUGCAUGCUAAGUUUCCUGAUGCAUCAGACGAAGAGGUUCUAAAGAUUGUAGGAAACCUGAUCUACUACAGGUAUAUGAAUCCCGCCAUCGUCGCUCCUGAUGCCUUCGACAUCAUCGACAUCGGAGUAGACAAGUUGAUGUCUGUGGAGCAGAGGAGAAACCUGGGAUCAAUCACCAAAGUACUGCAGAGCAUCGCAUCAGGGAAACAGUUCCUUGAGGAGAAUCUUCACCUUACCAAACUGAAUAAUCUCGUCAUCAAGUCUUUUGAGAAAUUCAAGGAUUUUUGCAGGAAAGUAUGUGAUGUUCCAGAGCCCGAGGUCAAAUUUAACAUCAAUGAGUACUCUGACUUUGUGAACCCCUCCAAGCCAAUCGUCUUCAUCUCAGUCAAAGAAAUCAUUGACACACAUGCACAAAUUCUAGAGAAUCUUGAGGUGCUUGCUCCAGAGCAGAAUGAUCCCAUACAUGAACUCCUUGAAGAUCUUGGUGAACUGCCAUCUGUUGAAGACAUCCUAGGUGACACACCGAGUGACUUACCAGAACAUCAGGUCGAGGCUCUCCUGCAGACCAUGGCCAAGAAUGAGAUCUCUCUCACUCUCACCAACAAGUUUGAGAUCCAUGAGGAUGAUGACAGCGACAAGAAAAGGCUCUUCAUCAAGACCAAGAGGUUACUGGUGGAUGUGAUCAGAUGCCAGGCAGGAGAUACAGUACAACAGAUCCUUCAGACUGAAGCUAAUGAGGACCAGGAAGAGGAGCACAAUAGAUUGAUAGAUCAGAGGAUGAAGAGAGAUGCAAAGGCCAGUGAAGAAAGUAAGAUGUCAAGGAAUACAUCACAACUGGAAGAUAGCAAACAACUCACUAGGUCUAAUGCUGUGAGAAGGCUCCCUCUUGAGUCGAAGAAGCGUAAGGUGGAGCGUAGCCUGAAGAUCUUAGAUGAAGCUGAGCUGGUUUCAGAGAAGGAUAACUACCAAACCAUGGUCAAUGCCAUUGCACAGGACAUCCGUAACCAGAGGAGAUAUCGUCAGCGUCGUAAGCAGGACAUCAUGAAACUGAGAUCAACGUACGCUGGACUGGAAUCCAAGUCUACCUUCUAUAAUGAACAGAAUGAUUAUUAUGCACAGUACAUCAAGACUUGUCUAGAUAACCUUCAGGCUAAACGAUCGUCAAAGGCCAAGGCGAAGGACGGCAAGGCAGCUCAGUUGAAAUACAACGCAGCAAGGCUACACGAGAAGGGCGUCAUCCUAGAGAUUGAAGGACUAGAACAAUCACAAUUUAAGAAUGUGAUGUUUGAGAUCUGCUCUACUGAUGUACCAGGAGUCUUUGAUGUGUCUGCUAAGUUCCUUGGAGUCAAGAUGGACAGUGUACAACUUGUUUUCCAGGAUCUUCUUCAGCUACAGUAUGAGGGCGCCGCAGUGAUGAACAUGUUCGGCAGAGCCAAGAUCAACGUCAAUCUCCUCAUCUUCCUCCUCAACAAGAAGUUCUACGGCAAGUAGGAAGUCAACGAUGUCCCCGGGGGAAGAUUAUAUUGCUUUUGUAAAGUUUGUAAUAUAUUGUAUAGUACAUAUGAGCUCUUAUAUUGAAAUAUAGAUUGUAUCAUGAACUAUGUUUGGUACAGCAAGUUGGGAGAUGGGAAUAUUUUUGUGUGGAUUAUAGAGGAAAGUGCUUGGAAAUGGUCAUAAUGAAGACAAAGUUAUUUACUGUCUUAGAGAAUAAAUUGAUCCGAUUCUGUCUAUUGUAAUAAGUUUUUACAAUUAAUUAUUCCUAUUUUAUAAUAUUUCAAUGAAAUUGCCAUUUUUGUAAUAUCCUGAUGUGCAGGAUCUACAAUAAAUCUUUGAAUUUUUUUCUUCCAAUGAUUUUUGUUUGUUUAUAUUGAAACAAAUUCUUGAUAUAAGAGAUUGUGGGAGAUUCAAGGACUUCAAUUUAAUCUGAUCAUUGAUGAUAUAUCAUGGUGGAAUCACUUGAUUUCAAUGUCAAAAUUCAUUGACGAGGGUAAUAAGAACAGGCAUCAAAUCAAAAUGAUAUGUUAUGGUAUCCUUGAAUAGAAAGAAAAAUGGAAUGGGACCAUAUUGAUUUAUUUAUGUACUUUAUCCUUUUUCAAGGGAUCUUAAUUUCUCAUUGUGAUAAAAUGGAGUGAUUUUAUGGUUUCAGUUUGAAGAAGCGCUCUGAGGCUGGUAAUUUGAAACUGGAUUUCUUUUAUGAAACAUUUUAAAAUUGAAAUGAAAAGUGAGAUUUUGCUUUAUGUCCUAGAUUAGUUUUCUAUCUUUUAGGCAACAUAUUUACAUGCUAAAUACAUAUGUGUCUCUAAUAUGCGACCUAUAUGUGAUUUUUCUGAAAAGUAAUAAUCAAAACAUUUUUGUGCCUGAUUCUGUCUUAUGAUAAAUUAUAAUAUUGAAUGUGUGAACACAUUUCUACUUUUAUUCUUCUAUCGAUUCAUCAACUCAUUCCGCUUUCUUUCAAAGUGACCAAAAGCAUAAUUUUGUUGAAAAAGAAGCAAAUAGUGAUUAUUUGAUUUAAUGGUGUUUGUAAAAACAGUUUUGUUUUGUAAGAAAGCCUUGCAAUCUCAAUUAAAUUAUAAGAAUUUUCUACUGAAACAGGAGAUCUUCCAAAGUAUUUUUUUCUUCAAACUAGAACAUGGACCAGCUGAUGAAUCAAUAUGCAUUGCUUUUGUGUGAAAUAAAACCUUGUUGAUUUGAAUGACUUUUUCAUUGUCAUGACAACCUUGGGCUUUCACAUGUUUUUGUAGAGACUAAUCUUCCAAACACCCAGACAAGCCUUCCACAUUUUCUUUUCAUACGGAAAGAAAGAUGUCAACCUUUAGAAAAGGCAACUGCAUGAAAUGUUUCACUGCAACAAUUACACUCUGGUAUGAAAUUAUGUUCGAAUGAUUUUUUGGUUGAUAGUCAUUUAAAAUAUUUGCAAUGAAAAAGAGGCAACUUGUAGGUUGCAAGAUUUUUUAAUUUGUAUUUAUCGUAUCUUCUGCUGAGAGCCAUAAGGGUGCGGAUCACAUUCUUAGGGGUGUGAAUUAACGCUUUUCUGGUUCACAGCAGACGAUACAUUGUUAUCAAGCAUCUUUUAAUUCAUCUUUGAAUGACAGACAAUACAUGUCUGAUUGUACUGCUAAUGCAUGGCAUGAAACAGCACAAUGAUAUUAUGGUAAUAAUCUCAAUUCCUGAACACUUGAUAAAAAGAAGAUACAACUGUAUGGAUAUUGUGUAGUUGUUUUAAGGGCAUGCAUGAUAAAAGAUGCAACUAUUGUUAUUAUGAUGUGAAUUUCAUUGAGUAAUGAAUUCCGUAAUAAUGUGUUCCUUCCUCAUGGAAAAGGAGAUUCAUGAAUUUAAUCUCAAACAUAUUCUUGAAUAAUGACCUUCUAUGCAAAAAGAUCAAAUUUUCUUUCAUUUCUUUUGUCAAGAAAAUUGCCUUUGAUGUUUUGAUAGCUCUUAAAAGAAGUGUAUCAGCUGUUGAUAACAUGCUAACCUCGUAGAGAGCCUUUGAAACGUACAUUUACAUUUUUUUUAUGAAGGACUAUUAUUAGCAAUAGAAUUUAUUACGUAUUGAAUUGAGUAGAACAUGAAACUUGAAUUUGAAUUAUUCAGAAAUGUGAUCUGGUUUGGGAUAUAUUUUUUUUAAUUGAAAGUUGGUGCUGGGUUUAGUUUUGUUUAGUGAUGGUUGAUGGUAAGUAGUUGAACGGAAUAGCAAUCAUGUAUUUUGUAUAUUUAUAUAUAUUUUGCUUGAUAAGUAUAACUUUACUGGCAAUGUAUAGCAUAGUGUAUGUAGAUGCUCGACUCAAUUUAAAUCGAGUGCAGUUAGAGUUGAUUAUUUAACAUCUUGAAUGAUAAAAAAUCAUUUGAGCUUUAUUUCAAUUUUAAUUUUUCAUUUUGCCUUGAUUGUUAAGAAGAAGAAAAAAAAGGAAAUUUUUCAAAUGAAUUAUGGUGAUGCCUCUCUGUAUAUUAUCUCACAUUUAGCUGAUACGAGAGAGGUAUCAAUUUAUAAAUAUUUAGUUUUAGAUUAUUUUUUAUUGUAAAUGUCAUGGCGGCUACCAAGCAGUAUAUUUCUAUUAGGUCAUGAAUUGAUGUAAAAGCUAACUUCAUCAUUGAAAAUUGAACUUGUUGUCGGUAGAGCAACGAAGUGAAAUGGAGAUUGGGCAUUCCAAAUAGAUGAAUACAAAAUUUGAGAAGACAAUAAUUUACAUUUUUUAAAAGAUAAUGUAAGAAAUUCUUUCAUUUCUGUUUUGUUUCUUUGCAACAACGCAUAUAUCAUGUCAGUGUAUAUUUAAAACUUUUAUAUCUUAUCUACUUUUUUCCUGCAUAGCUUUUUACUUGAUGUGUAUUGGCAGAGAUUCAUAUGGUAUGCAUGCUACAAUGCAUUUUAUUAUUCUUUAGGAAUUCAUUGUCAAUUAGGUUUGUAAAAAAUUUGGUUGGUGUUCUCAAAAAGUUGUAUAUUUAAAUGUAAAUUGUAUCUCUGAACCUUUUAUUUCUACUUAUCAUUUUUUCCUUCUUUUUCUUUAUAUGACCAACACCUAUUAUGGACCACAUAAUUACCAAAUUGCCUUUCCUGAAUUUUUUUAUAGUUUCAAUUUUGUACGUAAUCUUCUUCAUACUGUUCUGUCUAUCUAUAAAUAUUACUUUGUUUGUAGCAAAUAUCCUCCUAACUGCCUUGAAUCCCAGCCUAAAUCAGAGCUAGAAUUUUGGGGUGAUGGACUGUAUCGACUUUAAAGAAAGUUUCUGAAGCUAAUGACUCGUGAUACAGUGUUUAGAAUAUAUAGCUUGUACAUUGAAGGCCUUGUAUCUGUAUGAUUGUAUUUCAGUUUAGUGCAAGUUUUUAUUUGAUCAUACUCUCUCUCUAUCUCUCUGCUGUAUGGAGGCCAUUUUUCAUAAUGUCUCUAUUGCCCCAGGCUGCCUGUACCAUUUCAAGUGAAAUAAAUAUAAAAAUGAUAAGGGA